GUGUGGAUCUGAAGAUGGCGUCUCCAAAUGGAGGUGAUGAUUUUGAGUCAUCUCUGCUGAGUUUUGAGAAGCUGGAUAGAGCAUCUCCUGACCUAUGGCCAGAGCAAUUGCCAGGAGUCGCAGAUUUUGCUGCAUCAUGCAAAAAUCCAAUUACCAAUUCUCCGCCCAAAUGGAUGGCUGAACUGGAGAGUGAGGACAUUGAAAUGUUAAAAGAGCUAGGGAGCCUGACCACAGCCAACCUGAUGGAGAAGGUCAAAGGGCUACAGAACCUGGCCUACCAGCUGGGCCUUGAGGAGUCCAGGGAGAUGACCAGGGGAAAGUUCCUGAACAUCCUGGAGAGACCCAAAAAGUGAAGACCCCAGGACUGCUCUUUACACAGGAUGUGUCUGCACAAAGAGUAAUACAACACCCAGACGACUGACUUGAGACAGGAAGAAGAGGAAUCAGACCUAUGCCUUUAUGUAUACACUCAUACUACAACCACCAUCAAGUCCCUGGAUUUGAAUAGAGACACUGGGGCUAAAUUCACUCACUGCGGAGUUCCGCUCUAAGAGUCAAAGGGCUGCAACACUUUUCACCCCCUGACUUGUACAUUUAUGUUGUCCUCAAAGACAGUUCCAUUUACUUUUAUAAUGAUUUGAAAUGGUGAGUAGCUUUAAAUUUCCUGUUUUAGCUAGUUUGUAGGACUGUUUUUAAAUGUGUAUAUUCUGUAUUUAUUCUUGUUUUGUAUUUAUAUUUAGAGCAUUUUAAACAUUUUUGCAAUUUGUCAAAGAAAAUUGUGUAAGUCUUUUAAAAAAUUAAUAAAAUCCUCCCUAUUUUAGGGUUAUAACAUGUUUA